AUGGCCAACAAUACCAAGAAGGUAGGCAGCAAGAAGAACAAGCUCAUCACCUGCAUUAAGGCCCCCAUAAGAAUCUUCAUGAAGGCCAAGAACUUCUACGUGAGCAGCAUGGUGCAGUGCUCAGGGCGCAUCGGCUACGGCGGCUUCACGAAGGGCCCAGGCAGGCCAAUUAACGAUGGGCUGCUGAAGAACUUGAGCAUCAGCUCGUCGAGAUCGAGCUUUGUCACCGAGGAGGACAUGAGAGAACUAAUAAGGGAUGCGUCUACCAGAGGCCACCUGAACGGCCAAAUUCAGAUGGAUCUUGUCCUUCAGAGGCACCCUAAGACUAACGGGAUCUCAACAGCGGCGGCAAUGGGUUACGUGCCUAGGAGUUUCUCGACAGUCAUCGGGAGGAUCGAUGAGGACAAGCCGUGUGAAUUUGAAGACAAUGACAUCAGGAUCGACACCAUUGUGCGUCCAAGAAGCAGAAGCCAUGCAGUUUCAUGGAGAAGAGCUUGA